AUGCUCAAACCACAAUGCGUUUCGCGAUGUCGAGCUAUUCAACCCCGUCUCCGGCGUGGGCUCACCUGGCUUAAUUGCCAGCCUGGCCCUUCUAUAGCCUAUCUCCAAACGUACAAACCUGACGAUCCAGCAGUCGCCAGUACACCCGACCUGUCGGCAAAGCAAAAGAAGAUUCUUGACAGCGCCCUGCGUGUUGAUCAGGCGGGAGAAUUGGCUGCGAACUACAUAUACAUGGGUCAAAUGGCUGUUCUUGGCCGUGAUCCCUUGACUGGUCCUCUCAUUCAGGAAAUGUGGGAUCAGGAGAAGAAACAUCUCGCAGUGAUGAACAAGCUCCAGGUACAGCACCGAGCGCGACCCACCAUUGUUUGGGAUGUAGCUCGAAUUGCCGGCUUCGGUCUCGGCGCGGUCACUGCACUGAUGAGUAGGGAGGCAGCAAUGGCAUGCACAGAAGCCGUUGAAACUGUCAUUGGCGAGCACUAUGAUGACCAACUGCGCGAAAUGGAAGAUUUGCCCACGUCACAUCCAAGUGUACCACUCCUGAGGAACGUCGUACGGGAGUUUCGAGACGACGAACUUGAGCAUCUGGAUAUUGCAGUGGAGAACUAUGCUCAGCGAGCACCUGCACAUGCACUACUCAGCACUGUUGUGGGAGCAGGAUGCAAGAUUGCUAUUGAGCUCUGUAAGAGGGUAUAG